AUGAGUCCUUCCUUAAAGCUUGACAAGGAUGAGAAAGGCAAGGAAGUUGAUAUUAAAAAAUAUAGAGGGAUGAUCGGAAGUCUUCUUUAUUUAACGGCUAGUAGGCCGGACAUCAUGUUUAGUGUGUGCUUAUGUGCUAGGUUUCAAUCUUGUCCCAAAGAAUCUCACUUAAAUGCUGUCAAACGCAUCUUUAAAUACUUGAAUGGUACUAGUAACUUAGGUUUGUGGUAUCCUAGGCACACAUCCUUUGAACUCGUAGGAUUUACAGAUGCUGAUUUUGCUGGUUGUAAAGUUGACAGAAAAAGUACAAGCGGUGCUUGUCACUUUAUAGGUCAGUCACUUGUAUCUUGGUCAUGCAAGAAACAAAAUUCAGUCGCAUUAUCCACCGCUGAAGCUAAAUAUGUUGCUGCUUGUAGCUGCUGUGUACAAAUCCUAUAUAUCAAACAACAGCUUGAAGACUUUGGUUUAUUCUUCAACAAAAUCCCUAUCAAAUGUGAUAAUACCAGUGCCAUUUGCAUAUCAAAGAAUCUCAUUCAACAUUCUAAAACAAAGCAUAUAGAGAUUCGAUAUCAUUUCUUAAGGGAUCAUGUAUCUAAAGGUGAUAUUGAAUUAACGUUUAUUAACACCGAGAAUCAAUUGGCUGACAUUCUCACGAAGCCACUUCAAGAAGAUAGAUUUUGCACACUUCGUCGAGAAAUCGGAAUGGCUAUAGAAAGAGAGAUUCAUGAUCACUGA